UUCUGGUUUUUGUGUGUGUUCAAUUUCGUAAAAUGCCACAGAGAUAGGGUUUGUAUUUUGAAGUACUGAAUUUCAGAACUUUCCGACCCAAAAAAAAGUUCAGAAGUUCAGACGGUUGUUGGUACCGAAACUUGACCGGUACUUAACAUCUGUAGGCAUGACCACUUUCUCGUAGUAUGCUUACUAUUCCAGUCAAGUAAGGAAGAACUGAGACUCUUACGUAAGGAAAAUAUGGAGUGCAAUAAAGAUGAUGCAGUCAGGGCUAAGGCACUUGCUGAGAGGAAGUUUAUAGAAAAAAAUUAUGCUAUUUCCAAGAAGUUUGCCUUGAAGGCUCAAAAUUUAUAUCCUGAGCUUGAGGGUCUCUCCCAAAUGUUGACAAUACUGGAUGUUUACGUCGCUGCAGAGAAUAAAAUUAAUGGGGAAGUGGAUUGGUAUGGAAUACUUAGUGUUACUCCUUUUGCGGAUUAUGAGAUGAUUAGGAAACAGUAUAGGAAAUUGGCUCUCAUGCUUCAUCCUGAUAAAAACAAGUCUCUUGGUGCAGAAGGCGCAUUUAAGUUGGUUUCAGAGGCGUGGAGUUUUUUAUCAGACGAGUCUAAGAGACUAGCAUAUAACCACAAGAGAGGUUUUCAACAUGAAGUUCUAUCCCGUAAUAGGGGUCCUUCAGUGCAACCCAGUGCAAAUACCUGUCAAAAUGUUAUGAAUAGUGCCGCCUCAAAUGCUAGGGCGCAGCGUGGUCCUACCCUGUCACCUUCAUAUGGAAACACCGCUACUUUUUGGACUUUUUGCAAUCGGUGCCAAACACAUUAUCAGUAUCUCAGGAUUUAUCUAAAUCACAUUCUAGUCUGCCCUAAUUGUCAGAAGACUUUCAUGGCUAUAGAACAAGCUCCACCUCCGAGUGUCUUUAAGUCAUCCAGUACCUCUUCUUCCCAGCAGCAUCAGAAUUCAAGACACCAUGCAGCUGGUGGUAACUCAUUCAGUUCUGGAAGAAACUGCACUGUACCUCAAAAUUUGGGAGCGGGGAAUUCUUUAGGUCCUAAUUCGUUCAAUAAGACAAACUUCAAACAGGGCUUUUUCUCCAAAAUGAAUGGUGUUGGUAGCCCGGUUGCAUCAGGUCAAGCUGCUGCUCCAGCUGUGACUGCGGCCCAACAGGCUAGUGAGAAAAUGAAGAGAGACCGAGAGCGGAGACAAUCAAUCGCUGAAUGGGAGAGGAGUAAAAAUUUGAUGGGAAAUCCUUCUUUGAAAAAGAAAAGAACGGAUGAUAAACAUUUGAAUGGAUAUCAAGGAGGCAUGGCUAAUCAAAUGUCCAAGGGAAGUGAUGGUGCUGACUUGGGAGGUGUAUCUGAAUUAAGUACAGGUAAUGUUGGAACAAAAAGAAUUUAUGGUUUAUCUAGUACAUACGAUAGGCCUAAUGUCGCAAGAGAGUUGCCAUAUCCUGAAAUGAAAAAAAUUCUGAUUUGGAAGGCACGAACUGAAAUUUGCAAGAUGCUCAACAGGCAGAGCUCAGCAACUAAAGCAGAGAAGGUGAAAGUAAAUAAGAAACAGAAGACUGUGGUAAAUGUUGACACAGCAAACAAGAGUGGUACUGGUGAAGAGGCCACGCCACCAGUGUCAAUCAAAGUGCCAGAUCCUGAUUUUCAUAAUUUUGACUUGGAUCGAACUGAAAGGUCCUUUGGAGAUGACCAAGUCUGGGCUGCAUAUGAUGAUGAUGGGAUGCCUCGUUAUUAUGCUCGGAUUCACAAGGUGAUUUCCUUGAAGCCAUUUAAGAUGCGGAUUAGUUGGCUCAACUCAAGAAGCAACAGUGAAUUGGGUCCGAUGGACUGGGUGGGUUCUGGUUUUACUAAAACCUGCGGGGAUUUCAGGGCUGGCAGACAUGAAAUUUAUGACACUUUAAAUUCUUUCUCAAACAAGGUUAGUUGGACAAAAAGCACACGAGGAGUGAUUCGCAUAUUUCCUACGAGGAGUGAAGUUUGGGCACUAUAUACAAAUUGGUCGCCGGAUUGGAAUCAGCACACCCCUGAUGCAGUGAUACACAAAUAUGACAUGGUGGAAGUACUGGAUGAUUUUGCUGAGGAACGCGGUGUGUGUGUUGUUCCUCUAUGUAAGGUUGCUGGUUUUAAAACAGUGUUCCGUAAGCACAUGGACCCCAAGGAAGUGAGGUGGAUUCCUAAAGAAGAGAUGUUCCGUUUCUCUCAUCAGGUCCCUAGUCAUUUGCUUACAGGUGAAGAAGCACCCAAUGCUCCAAAGGGUUGUUGGGAAUUGGAUCCAGCAGCUACCCCGUCUGAACUCCUUCAGGUGAUAACAGAAGCUGAUGAGGCACCAAUGGCAGAGAAUGGUGGGAAAACAAAGGGAGGGAUAUUUCAAAGUGCCUCAGCAAGAGAAGUAGAUGGAGGGAUGGAGAAAGAAAUGUUUCAGGAAGUGGUGCAUACCAAGUUAGCCAAGGAAACUAAUGCUAUAACCCACCAGUAAAUUGUGGAAUACCCCAUCAUCCAGAUAGGUUGUGCAUUAUGUUUUGCUAACCCUUUUUGUUUUUGCUAAGCCUGUUGCAAGUGUACAUGCUUUGUAGCAAUUGUCUAGCAGGUGAUACCAGAGUUUUUUGGGAUUUUGUGGAAAGUGAAGAAGGUUCGUGGGUCUCAGGACAGUUAAACUUUUGUAUACUCAUGACUGGUCUCGCUGAAGAUCAGUUUUAUAAUAUAGCUUUUGAAAAAUGAAGGGAAUGUUCAUGGUUCUUCCUUGGCAUCAUGUGGAUGGAUGGUUCAACAGUUACAUAUUUCAUUCUAGAGUAACAUUUACUACAUGUUUAGUUUUGUGAUCCUACACUAGUUAUGAUUUGGCAAAGAGGAUAAUUUCAU